ACACACACAUGCACGCACGCACACACACUGCCCCCUCAUCGACGCACCCACAAUAGAAACGGCACUCUGCUCCAGUGAGUUUACCCUCCCAGUCGUACACCUGAGGGGAGCCGUCUCCAUUCUCUGGACUGAAGGUCCGUAGUGUUUUUCUGACUCCACUUCCAUUUUGGUCCAUCAGGAGUUUAUCCACACAGCUUUAACAAUGGCAGAUAAUCAUAUUCCCAUUCUAGAGAUCUUCCUGGGCAUUAUGGGCUUCGGCCUCUCCAUCAUGUUCUGCACAACCUUCUGCAGGGCGUGCUUUCGCUUUAGAGAGGACCAGAUAGAGAGGGAGGUGUGGCGACGCACUGACCAGGAGGCGCGCCCUCCCCCCAUAUUUUUCAUCCCUUUCCAUGGAAGCUUGUCACGCCAGGACAGCGAAGACCACCCCAGGGUGCCUCGAUACAGCCAGGAGCUCACCACACUGCCUCAAUAUAGCAAUGCUGUCUACUGUGGGCCACCACCUUCCUAUAAUGAGCUGGAAUUGAAGCCUGACGAUCUUCCACCCGCGUACACAGAGUUUAAUGUCCCUGUUUAUCCUCAACCUCACACAGACAUGGUUCAUCCACACACACAGCAAUAAGCCAGCAAUAAGCCAGGACCCUCACACUGCCUGUGUGGAAGUUAUGGACACUCUUGAUUAUUGAACUGCUUCAUGGACAUGAGUGAACUGGCGCUGUUGUUUAUAUUGUUUCAAAGAUUAUUUUUAUUUCAUUAUCAAACUUGUUUAUUUCAUUGUGGCAAUGAAUGCGAUGAUGACACAAAGGGGAUUAAAGCUUCAGAAAUGGCACCAGGUUUAAAGCUACAACUGGUUGAGUAUACAGCACAUUCUCUGAGCCACUGAAACACUAAGAAGUAGAAAUAGAUUUUAUUUGGCUCUAUAUGGUGAUUGUUAAAAUGGGAUAUGUGAGGGCACCAUUUUCCUAUCUUAUAUAAUCUCCAACAAAGAGGUUUUUCUUUUG